CCCGGAAGUAAACAUCACGUGACCCCGCAGAUCAGCUGACCCUGCGUGGACAUCUUUACGAGUCACGACUGCAGCGAUUAAUUCAAACCUCUUCGUCUGUGAUUCUCCGGCCCGGGCGGAUCUUUGACAACCGCAGCGAUGGCGCUCAGCGAUGCCGACGUUCAGAAGCAGAUCAAGCACAUGAUGGCCUUCAUCGAGCAGGAGGCCAAUGAGAAAGCAGAGGAAAUUGAUGCAAAGGCGGAGGAAGAGUUCAACAUCGAGAAAGGACGACUGGUCCAAACGCAGCGUCUGAAGAUCAUGGAGUAUUACGAGAAGAAAGAGAAGCAGAUCGAGCAGCAGAAGAAGAUUCAGAUGUCAAACCUGAUGAACCAGGCUCGACUGAAGGUCCUCAAGGCUCGUGACGACAUGAUCUCGGAAAUGCUGAAUGAAGCUCGUCAGCGACUCGGGAAAGUGGCCAAAGAUCCGGCGAGGUAUCCGGCUCUUUUAGACGGACUCAUGCUUCAGGGAUUUUAUCAGCUUCUGGAGUCAAAGGUCACCAUUCGCUGUCGUAAACAGGACGUGCAGCUGGUGCAGGCCUCGAUCCAGAGGAAUCUUCCCAUUUACAAAGCGUCUGUGAAGAACAGCCUGGAGGUCCGCGUGGACCAGGACAACUUCCUGCCUGCAGACAUCUCUGGCGGAGUCGAGAUCUAUAACGGCAACGGGAAAAUCAAGGUGGCAAACACUCUGGACAGCAGACUGGACCUCAUGGCUCAGCAGAUGAUGCCUGAAAUCCGCGUGGCUCUGUUUGGUGCUAAUCCAAACCGCAAGUUCCUGGACUGAGUCGCUGCUGAAGAAGAAGAAGAAGAAGAAGAAGAAAAAGAAGAAAAAAUCCCCUUUUUAUUUUUUGUUAUUGUAUGAAGAAGAAAAAAGACGUCAUUCCUCUCGUGUGUGUGUGUGUGUGUGUGUGCGUGUUGUAUUUGCUGUGACCUGUGACCUGUGACCUGUGACCUGGGGCCUGUGCUGAGUCUGGGUUCACACUGGUCAGUUGAACAGCUUCUCCUCUGUGAGACAGAAGGAAGUUUUCCUGACCUUGUUAAUGUUCGAGUAUGCUCCGCCUCCCUCUGUCAGCUGAUGUGAGCUUCCUGUUGGGUUUGAUGGGUUGGUCACGCCUCCAUGGGAGCUGAUAAGGCGCAGGUGGCAGAUGAACAAGGUCAGGAAAUCUCCUGUGUUGACGUGUAAGUGGGACGAGGCGUGUGACGGGU